AAACUUCCAAAGACUAAUACGAAAUUUCUACGGUUCGACGCAUGCGUGGCCCACAACCGCUAUGACGUUAACUCACCAGGUUAUAACAGUAGAGUUUGGUCGACAUGUUUUAUAUUUUAUUCCUUAAAUUUGUGCAGAUUUAGCGUUGGUUUAGCGGGUAUAUUUAGACAAAAUUAAGUGCAUUACGUGUACGGGGGCAUGUCCAAAUGUUUACGCGUGUGAUACAUGCAUAGAAUUAAUACUAUUAUUUCUAUGGAUACAGGUAGAGAUAUGUCAUCAAUUGGAACUGCACCAAAAGAAAUGGCAACUCUUACAGAAUCUAUUAAACUAUACGAUAAACUCCCCACCAGAGAAGAUGAUGAAAAAAGUUCAGAUGAAGAAAGUUUUCAUUUACCAAUCGAUGAUGAAGAGGCAGAAAAACGAGAUAUAACAUUAAAUGGAAAAGAUGAGAGCGAAGAUGAUAUAUUAGAUAAAUUUGAAGAUGCCAACGGACCCGAAAUCGAUCCACAAUUAGAAGAAAGUUUACUUGAGGAGACAGAUGAAGCAACCAAACCUAAUAUAGAAAAUACUGAAAAAACGUCCACAAAAAAAGAAGAAAAUAGUGAAACAAGUAGUGAAAGUGUUAGUAAAUUAGUGUCAAAUGAAACAACUGCACAAAAUUGCGAUGAUACAAAAUCUGAUGAUUAUGUUAACGAAGAAAAUAAAGAAUGCAGUGAUAACAAAAAAGAGGAAGAUUUAAAAAAAAAUGAAACUUUUGAAAAGGAUACAAUUAUUGCAAAAAAUACCAUUGUUGAAAAAGAUACAGUUCCUGAAAUAGACACGAUUGUUGAAAAAGAUGCAAAUGUUGAGAAAGAUACAAUUAUUGAAGAGGUUAAUAAAACAGGCUUAAAAGAAAAUGAUGAAAAUGUAAGUGAAAUAAAGGAAUGCGUCGACAACGAAGUUAUUGACAAAGAAGUUUUACUGAAUACAGAAAAAAAAGAAGAACAAGAGGAGAAAAUGGAAUGCAACAAAGUAAAUGGUGAUAAGAAUAUAGAAACAGAAGAUACACAAGGAGUUGAGGACACAAAAAAGACUGAUGAAGAAAGUAAAGAAUCGAGCAUUCAAGAUGUAGAAAAGCCAGAAAAGACUGAGGAAUCUAGUGAAAAAGUCGAAACUAUGGUUGCCGAAUCUGAAAAAUGUGAAAAUUCGAACGAUUCUUCGAAAAGCACCAACUCAGAAUCUGAUUUGCUGGACAUUUCCAUAAUAAGGGACGUUGAAGAAGACGAUGCAAAUGCACGAGAGGAGCACGCUAAGGACGUUGAACUUACAGAUAAAGUCGAAAAUGAGGAAGAGGAAAGUUGCGACAAGGUUUCGGAAUCUGAUGUGGACAAUGAACAUCAAGAAGUUUUGGAGAAAGAAGAGCAAAUGGAGUUCGAUGAGGAAUCCUCUAGCAAAGAGGAUGAAACUAGUGUAAUUGAAAGUGAAGUAAAACAGCCAGAAGAUAUAGUUGAACCGGCUGAAGAGGCAGAUAAAGCAAUUUCAGAAACAGAGAAAACUAGUACAAUUAAAGAUGUAAGUGUUAAUAUAAAUGGUGAAGCUAUGGAGGAGAGUCCAAUAGAAGAAAAUUUGGAGGAUAAGGAUGAAGCUAAGGAAAAAGAAGUUGAAAAUGAAAGUAUUGACAACGAAUUGGCUAGUAAAGAUAAAACCGCCGAACCUGCCGUAAAAUCUGGAAAACGGUCGUUAUCUGAGGCAGAUAGCGAAAUAGCAAAUAAAAAAAUAAAAUUAGCCGAAAGUGAAAAAGAACUUAUAGCUCCCGUUGAUAUUGAAAGCGAAAAGCCACUUCCUCCGGAAGAACCCAGUAUUCUUUCAUCGUUUGCUUCCUUUAUGAAAAACAAAAAAGUAAGCACAAAAUUGACCCGCUCUGACUUGGAACAAUUUUGUCUGCAGAAAAUUUGCGAGGCAAUAAUUCACAAAACCGAUGUCGGGGAAUUGCAUCAAAAAAUUAAACAAUACGAAGGCACAAUAGAUCAAUUGAGAAAAGACGUUACGCAGUUAACUAAACAGGCUAGAGAUUUAGAAAUAGUGAAUAAAAAAUUGAUGAACGAAUUAAAAGUACAGAACGGGAACAAAAAACCUUUGGUGCCGUUAAAAAUUACGCGGUCCGUUGGAUUGCAAGUUAAGUUAAAUUUUCCUCCUGAUAACCCGAGAAAGAGACUUAGUACCAAUAACUCGCCACAGAAACCUGGAAAUGUCACGCCCGGACCUGCAACUAGAGUUAUUAGAGCUAAUCAACCCAACGUGAGACAGGUGGGUAGUCCUCAAAAAACAAUGUUGUCAAAAGCUUUGCAACCCCGUAGGCCAGGCGUUGUUACGCCAGUUACUCAAAAGCAGCAGCCGCAAAAACGACCGGGACCCCAGCCAAGAAAUAAAAUAAACGAAUCAAAAUCCGCCUCGGUCAUCGACUUGACAGACGAGGAUGGACCUAAAAAAUCCGGCAGACUUAUGCCUCUCAGCCAAAUGAAAACGGUCACAGUUUCGCAAAACAAAACCAUCCCCGUGGGAAACAACAAGACUAUCACUGUCAAUCAGACGAAAACGAUACCGUUAAAUCAACAAAAAAGUUCCAACGUUAGAACCACGAUACCUCAGGGUAUGAGGUUAACGCCCACGCAGCUCAAAAACGGUAAUAUCACGUUACCUGGCGUGGUGACUUCGAGCGCCCCCUUGAUGUAUGUGGUGCAACCAACGUCUUCGCUGAAUCAGGGAAUCAUGACCACAACGGCGGGAGGCACUCAAAAAGCCGUAAUAGUCAACUUCCAACCCACAAACGGAGUUCUAACAUCAACAUUAAACGGCUCCGCAGUAUCUGUGAUACCGACCAAAACUGCCAACACUGUACAGCUAAAAACCCACAACCCAAGAAAACACCCGGCGCCACUGCCGAUGGCUCCGGUUCGGGUGGCGGGUUCGAUGGACCUUAAGCCGAUUCCGCCUAAACCACACUUAAGUAUACGAAAAACCGACACCGGCAUAAUGUUGCAAUGGAAGAUGCCCUACAGUCUGGACAAUUAUGAGACCAUAGCCAGUUAUCAGUUGUACGCCUACCAGGAAACCAAUUCACCUCCAAGUACUGACAUGUGGAGAAGGGUGGGGGAUGUAAAGGCUUUAGCCCUGCCAAUGGCCUGCACCCUGGUGCAGUUUGCCGAUAAAAAUAAGUACUAUUUUGCCGUAAGGUCAGUGGAUGUGCACAAAAGAAUAGGCCCUUUUAGCGAUCCAGAAGAAAUUUCAUUGUAAAUUGUGUAAAUUGCAUGUUUAUUAGUUUAUUAUUUAAGAACAACUUUUUUAAUUUAUAAAUAUAUUAAUGAAUUCAAUAAAAUAAAUCCUAGAAACAUUACAUAA